UUUCCACAUGAUGGUCAGGCUCCUCCUUCUUGACAGCAACAUAGGCAGUCUUCGUGCGUGAAUCUCCUCGGGCGAGUUUCCUCCUCCUUAUCCAUGAGUCUUGAUCCUGCAUCUUCUCAUGGUCUUUUAUUACCGUAGGCUUCUUCUUGUCAGCCUCACGCAGUUGUUUCAUUACACCCCUGUCUUUCCCAUGUGACUUCCCUUUCGAGCUCUUAACUGGUGUUACUCGAGCAGCACGGUCACGUGGAGAUCGUGUCGGCUGCAAACUACCUUUGGCUAAUGGCACCUUAUUUUUCUUAUUGAUUUGAGCUCUACCACGAUGAUCAGCAUGUGGAGAUGUAGCGAGCAAUCUCGAUUCUUUGGAGAAUCUUGAAGAUUUCCGUGUGAGCGAAUAUGUCGACUACACCCAUUGCCAAGAAUCUACAGUUGGAACUCAGCGAGGCUAGUUCCGAUUUAAGGCAUGCUACUGCUAAAUCUAUGAGAAAGCCCGAUCACCGGAUUUUGAAAAGUCUCUUGGAGGGAAGAAGCAGAAUGGAUUCGGCCUACAAGGCCGUUAUCAUAAACCUUCUAACCUCGGACGAGGAGGCUAGUCUAGGCGAGGUGAGAACUGAAGCAGUUGAUCAAGGCAUUGAGCAGAUGCAGAGGCCCUGGCAAGCUAAGAAAAGUGGGGAACUUUGCAGAAUCAUAGGCCAAAAUGAUGAGGAUGGAACUGAAUCAGAUGAAGGCAUUGAGCAGAGGGAGAGGCACUUGCAAGCUAUGAAAAGUGGGGGGAAUUGCAGAAUCAUACGCCAAAAUGAUGGGGAUGCUUUGCGCAAGAUGAAAGCUGAACCGGAUGUAGGCAUUGGGCGGAUGGAGAGGCCCUCGCAUGUUAAGAAAAGUGGGUUUAAAUGCAGAAUGGAAGACGAAAAUGAUAAGGCUGGUCCAAGCAAGGUGAUGAAGAGGCCCUCGCAAGUUAUGAAUAGGAAACGAAAGUGCAAAAUUAUUGAUCAACGUUACAAGGAUUAUUCAUCCGAGGAGGAAACUGAAUUGGAUGAAAUUGAUUCGGAUGAAACUGAAUCUGAUGAAAUUGCAUCAGAUGAAGCUGAAUCAGAUGAUUCUGAAUCAUAUGCAUCUGAAUCAGAUGAUGUCGUUGAGAUCGUGGAGAGGCCCUUUCAAGUUGAGGAUAGGAAAAGAAAAUGCGAAGUCAAAGACCAGCAUGGUGGGCACCGUGGUAGAGCUCAAGUCACUAAGAAAAAUAAGGCGCCGUUACCUAAAAGUGGUUUGCAGCCGGCACGGUCUCCAUGUGACUUCGCUGCUCGAGUAACACCAGUUAAGAGCUCGAAAGGCAAGUCACAUGCGAAAGGCAAGGGUGUGAUAAAACACUUGCGUGAGGCUGACAAGAAGAAGCCUCCGGUAAUGAAAGACCAUGAGAAGAUGCAUAAUCGAGACUCAUGGAUAAGGAGGAGGAAACUAGCACGAGGAGAUUCACGCCCGAAAGCUGCCUAUGCUGCUGUGAAGAAGGAGGAGCCUGACCAUCACGUGGAAACUCGUCCGCCUCAAAAAGGAAUCCAGAGACGAGUUAGAAAGGUCAAGUGUCCUAAAUGCUCGCGCGUAUAUUGUAGUGGUGAAGGGGAUUGGGAAGAAGGAGAAGGUAGCAGUAAGAGUGUUCCAGAAGUGGUCAUCCUAGACAGUGACAAGGUUCUUAACAAUGAAAUCCGGAGCCCUUUUGUUUCUGAAAAGUCACUUCACAGAAGCAUGUGCGAUGAUGAGUUCGACUUCAAUGAGGACCCUAAUGAAAAAAAAAAUGAUAACGAAUUCAAGAAGGAGCUCUUAGAAGUUCUCAGAAAACCAUUUGACAGAGCGGAACUCAAAAGGGCCCGGGAAACUUACAAGUCUGGAUUAUAUGCCUGUUACCAUCCCGAUGUGCAAAAAAGACUCACGAAAUACAGAUAUAAACGGGAGUAUUGCUUGACCAUCCUUCGUGGAUUCAUGUUUUGGCUUAAGAAUGUGAGCCGCGAAGGAGUGUUUCGGCCAUGGAAACACAGGCGCUACAUCGAGCUGGAGCUACCGUCUGACUAAACCCCUGAAUCAAGACUAUCAAGUGCAAGCCCUUUUCAUUGCUGUUAUUGAAGAAAUUGAUCUAAGACCACAUGUUUUUGACAAUUUUUUACAUUUUGCUCUCUUUUUUUUUAUCUUUGAUGUUGGAAUUUUCACAAAACUAUUUCAGUGCUGUGUCAUGCAUAGCAUAGCAGCAUAAA